AUGCAGAAGGAUGAGACUCGCAUCCCGGCAAGCGAGGACUUGAGUGCCGAAGAUGUGCUGUCAGCGGAUGAGAGCACCCGGGCGCUGACGCUGAACAUUGGAAGGCGGGGCUGGACUGGAUGUUCCUUGGGUGAUAUAAUCGUGCGAUGUUACGAUUACACCACCCACCUGUGCGACCAGAGCCUUGGAGAGAAGUGUGGCACGAACCUCGUCUUGCGACGGGGCAAGAAGGCCUUCUCGCUGAUGCCUUUUCUGGUGGAGAAAGGCUUCAUCCUGAAGCUUACGAAUGCCAGCCUCAUGGACUAUCUUGGUUCCUGUGGCCUCCGAAUGCCGAAGAACACAACGAAGGCGGCACGAAUCAGAAGAAUCCUCCAAUUGGACAGCAUCACUCAGGAAUGCAGUGCGGACAAGAUCAGAGAUGUUUUGGCAGUGCUGGACAAGCAGGAAGAGAAGAGAAGAAAGAAGGAAGAGAAGGCGAACGAGCCAAGCAACGCGGAGGAGAUCCACUGGGAGGAGCUGGAAGAGGAUCCGGCUGCAAAGGCAUGCAGAGAGCUCCUGGUUGGAAUGGGCGAUGAUGAGGAGGAUGAUGUUCCACCGGAGGGGGGCGACGAUUUGGCGAUUGCUGCGAGAACCCCGCCUACAGCUGCAAGGGUUUCCAGGGCUGCUCUUUCGACGACGACAUCGCUCCCUCCAGAGCUCACUCGAGAGUUCCCCCUUCCCGAAGGGACGUCGAUGCAUAUGGUGACCCACAAAGAUCGAACACUUCCCCACUUCCAGGGAAAGCUCCUUUCUGGGGAGAUCUUUGAUGGAAAGAGACUUGCCCGCAAUUAG